AUGAGCGGAGAAGAGUGCAAAGAAUCUGUGGUACCAAAUGACCCGCCUCCAAGCAAGGAAUCGUCGUCGAGAGAAGAGAAGAAAAAGCGAGGAUGGUUUUUCAAUCGCAGCAAGAGUUUGAAGGACCUAAAACCCCAAGCGGAGGAUGAGUCUUUGGUGCGAAUAUGCGCUACAGACCGAAGGGAACAACCACUGACAUCGCCUGAGAUACUUUGGAGGCGGAUCAACCAAAAACCAGAGAAGGAAAGAUGGUCAGAUAUGGCUCCAUCGCAGCGGCCACAAUGUCCACGACAUCCCGACAAGAAACUUGUGCCAAUCGAUCCCCCCGAAAAUAUGCAUAGCACAUCCCGUCCAACAGCAAACGGAGGGGUUCCUGGUGGUCCGCUUCCAACCGGACUUACUAUGUCACAAUCUCACAGCGAAGGAGUAACCUCUUCGCCUGAGCAGGAUGGUGUAACGCUACGUUUUCGACGCUAUAAACUCAGCUCGACACCGGAAACUACCGUAUAG